AUGGUCUCCCAGAUCAGUCAGAACUAUCACCAGGAUUGUGAAGCUGCUGUCAACAAGCAGAUUAAUGUGGAGCUCACUGCCUCCUAUCUCUAUCAGUCUUUGAUGUCCUACUUUGACUGGGACGAUGUUGCCCUCCCCCAUUUCUCCCAGUUCAUCAAACAUCAGUCCCAGGAGAAGCAGGAACAUGCAGAGAAGCUACUGAAAUUCCAGAAUCAGCGUGGAGGCCGGGUCCUCCUCCAGGAUGUGAAGAAGCCAGAGAGGGAUGAGUGGAGUAACAGCCUGCAGGCAAUGCAGGUUGCCCUGGAUCUGGAGAAGAAUGUGAACCAGAGUUUGCUGGAUCUACACCAACUCGCCACUGCCCAGACUGACCCUCAUCUGUGUGACUUCCUGGAGACCCACGAUUUGGAUGAGGAGGUGGAGAUCAUCAAGCAACUUGGGGACGACAUCACCAACCUGAAGCGCCACGGCCAGUACACCUACUCCACAUGUUGUUUGACUGUGGUGGGAGACUGGAACAGAUCCACAGUCGACGAGAUCUCGGCAGAUUCAGAAUGGAUCCACGAUGUACAUCAGUUGUCUGUACUAAAUGGUCCGAAAGCACAUGGAUUCUGUUGCUGUAGCUCAAUAGGAAAAUGUUUACUGUUGACAAAAUCUGGCCAUUUCUCACUGGGCUCCAACACUGUUGUUCAAAAGGUACAAAGACUAAUCCCUCAGAGUAACAAACUGACAGAAUUCAGCAAAUCUGUGAUGAGUGUUUAUUAA